CGGUUUCUAUAUAUGUAUAUAUAUAUAAAAAGAGUUGACUGACGCCAGUGUGAGCGUGUGUGAAUCUGUGAAAGCGGAAAAUGGAAGCGAAAAAGGAUACGCGCAUUUAAGGCAGAAGGAUUUUUAUUGCUAUUGCUGACCAAGGAAAAUCAACACAACAAAGCUAAGGAUUAUUAUCAACAGCCAAGGAACACAAAACAACAAAACAAAAAAUAUAUAAAACAAACAACUGCCAGCAGUCAUAAAAACGUUGAACAGGAUCCCGAAACAAGGCCAUUACACACAUACCCACACACACACGCACAAUUAUAUAUAUAACUCCAUAUAUUUCUAUGUAUAUAGUUGAGUGUGUGUGAUUUUCACAAGGAAAAGAUGAUUAAGCAAGGCAGCUGCAAUACAGGCUUUCGAAAUCCCUCCUCAACGGUAUAAAAAUCGAAACUGAAAACAAGGAGUCAACGAAAAGUAAGGGCGAAAAGAAGAAACCGUAACCAUUGACAAUGGUGCCUCUGGUUAUGUGGCGAAUGUUGUUUGCCACAUGCUUGAUGUGCUGGCUCAUUGUGUACACAACGGAGGCCUCCACUUUGGAUAUUUAUAAAAAUGCCCGACUUGGACAUCGGAUUGUACAGACAAGAUAUGGCCGUUUACAUGGACUUAUAUUACCCUUAGAUAAUUUUCGGUUUCUACGCUCAGUAGAGGUAUUUUUGGGAGUGCCGUAUGCCACACCGCCCACAAAACUAAAUCGAUUCAGUCCCACUCGAGCGCCAGCACCUUGGGAUGGUAUUAGAAUAUCGGAUAAAUAUAGUCCUGUAUGUCCACAACGUUUUCCCAAUAUACAAAAUGAAACGGCAGCCCUCGAAAAGAUGCCCAAAGGUCGUUUGGAAUAUUUAAAAAGAUUGCUACCAUUUUUGGAAAAUCAAUCUGAAGAUUGUUUAUAUUUAAAUAUAUUUUCACCCAUCAAUGCCGGAAGUAACGAGAAAAAGCUGCCCGUAAUUGUUUUUAUACACGGCGAAUCGUUCGAAUGGAGCAGUGGUAAUCCAUACGAUGGCAGCGUAUUGGCCAGCUAUGGUGAAGUCGUUGUUGUGACGCUUAAUUACCGCCUCGGCAUAUUGGGUUUCCUCAAUGCGAAUCCCAGCCCCCAUACCCAUGCCCGUGUGGCAAACUAUGGGUUAAUGGAUCAAAUGGCUGCCCUACAUUGGAUCCAACAAAAUAUACAAAAAUUUGGCGGUGAUCCAAAUGCAGUAACCUUGGCUGGACACGGCACUGGAGCGGCGUGUAUCAAUUAUCUAAUGACCUCACCGACAAUGGUGCGUGGUUUAUUUCAUCGUGCCAUACUUAUGUCAGGAUCGGCAUAUUCAUCAUGGGCCUUGGUCGAAGAUCCAGUGCUGUUUGCAAUUAAAUUGGCCAAAGAAGUAAAUUGCACGAUUCCGGAGGAUUUGAAUAGACACCACGAGCAAAUUGUUGACUGUCUGAGAGACGUGCCACUAGAGGAUCUAUAUGCUGCCGAUAUACAAGCACCCAAUUUUCUAACAUCCUUUGGUCCAUCGGUUGAUGGCGUUGUCAUACGACCCGGACAUUCCAAUCUCGAUAUCGAUGAUUUAAUGACGCGCAACUCGAAACGUUCAUCAGCCGAUGGCGGCUCACAGUCAUCCGGCGGCAAUUCAGGAGGAGGCAAUGGCGGUGGCGGCUCAGCAUUCAGUGGCAACGGUGGCGGUGGCUAUUUUGGUGCAGGAGGUGGUGCUGCCACGGCAAAUAUGGCCGGACACUACGAUGUGCUGUUUGGUGUUGUUACAGGCGAAUCGAUUUGGCGCUUCAGCGCUCAUGAUAUACAAAAUGGAUUCGAGGGCGAGCGUCGCGAUAAAAUUAUACGCACUUAUGUCCGGAAUGCCUACAAUUACCACCUCAAUGAGAUCUUCUAUACGAUUGUUAACGAAUACACAGACUGGGAUCGCACUUCCCAGCAUCCAAUCAAUACACGUGAUACGGCAGUCGCUGCCCUCUCCGAUGCCCAAUUUGUGGCCCCAAUUGUACGUACUGGCGAUAUAUUGGCUGCCCAAUCGCCACCACCGAUUAGUUCAACUAAUCCAUCGAGUGGCAGUUCAACAACUGGCGGCAAUGCGGCUGCCUCAACAUUGGCUGGCACAAACACACAACCGUCUGGUCGUUGUUAUUUCUAUGUAUUCGAUUAUCAGACUAAAGAUGGUGAUUAUCCGCAACGUAUGGGCACGGUGCAUGGUGAGGAUUUGCCAUAUAUAUUUGGGGCGCCACUGGUCGAUGGUUUCAGUCAUUUUCCACAAAAUUAUACCAAAUCCGAAACGGCUCUAUCAGAGGCUGUUAUGAUAUUUUGGACAAAUUUCGCACGAACUGGGAACCCGAAUGAGCAUCAUCGUCAGGACUCUGUGUUACCUGUCUCAAAGGAACGUAAUCGUUUUCGCAGCAUCACCUGGGAAAAUUAUGAUCCAUUGCAUCAGAAAUAUUUGGAAAUAGGCAUGAAGCCGCGCAUUAAGAAUCACUUUCGGGCCCAUCAAUUGUCAAUUUGGUUGCGUUUAAUACCGGAACUACAUCGUGCUGGAAUGGAAGAUGUGAUAGCCAGACACAAUCUGUUUCGUAAUCAUGACGAUAUGGACCUAUACGAGGGACCAGUUAAACCAGAUCCAUUUGGCAUUGGAAGCUCUGGCACAGGCACCGGCUCUUCAUCGUCUUCGUCAUCAUCGUCGUCGCGCCUGCUACUCAUCGAUGAGCAAUUGAUGAUGAAGAAGGGGCGCGGUCUAAAUGCCUCAGCUUAUUUAAAUGGCAUAUUGGGUGUGACUACAGUGGAGCCAAACAACAUGUACACCACCUGCAUACCCAUAGGGGGGAAUUACACCAAUGGCGGUGUCUUUGCACCCACAACCCUGGCAAAUGCAUCAUCAGAUACCCUGGCAUCCGGUUUUGAGGCAGCUGGUUAUGCGGCUUAUUCGACAGCAUUAAGCGUGACCAUUGCCAUUGGCUGCAGCCUGCUUAUACUAAAUGUAUUGAUCUUUGCCGGUGUCUAUUAUCAACGUGACAAGACGCGGCUGGAAGUGAAGACCUUACAAAAGCAAUAUCAGCAACGAAGUAUGCAUCAACCUGGUCCAUAUCCACCCGAGCCGAUAAAACACGCCCACUAUCACAUGGGACACUCGCAAAGUACGGCAAAUGUGAUUGUCGAUGUGGAGAGUCAUCAAGAUCAGGCUGGGCAGCAGGCGGCCAUGUUAUUGCAGGCAGCAGCAGCAGCGGCUGCCGCAGCGGCCAAUGAAGUGAAGCCACCGCCGCCUCAUAUAUGCGGAGCGAAUGUGGCUUCAGUUGGUAACAAUGGGGUAAUUGAGGGCUCUAAGGUGACCACAGAUGGUAUGGGAAAUGUCACCUAUAGCACCAGCUCCAAGCAACAACAGCAGCAGCAGCAGCAACAACAACAACGCGAGCAUAUGCAAAUCAAGGGACCAAGUGGUGGGACAACAGCAGGUGGAGGAGGUGUCGGCACGCAAACCUUUGGACGUGGCCCAAACGGUGGUAACGGCGGCGGAGGCGUUAGUGCCAGUGGUGUUUCGUCCUCAAAUUCUGGAGCCUCUGUUGUUGUUUCCGGCAAUACCGUUAGCUACAAUCCUGGCAUGAUGACGUUACCCAAGUCGGGUACACUUCAUCAUGCGGCCACUUUAAAUUAUGCACGAAAUACAGCCGCCUUGAAUCUGGCUGGCGGCGGCACAGCCCUCGUGGAUAGUCGCGGCAAUGUUCUGCUCACCAGCACUCCAGUGGGCGGCUUGAAUGGUGGAGGCGUUGCUGGCUCUAACGGAGGCAACUCUGAUGCUUGCAUGACCCUGCCACGUAAUCUCAGUUUGGCGGGACGACACAAUCCAACGACAGAACUCCAGCAAUAUCAACAACAAUCGAACAAACAUCAAGCAAAUGGCUCAGUUCUUUCGCAUCAUAUACGCGGGCCACGCCCACCACUACGCACUGCCUCAUCGACAACAACAAAUAGCAGCACUAAUUCCGCAAUUGCCAUGGGUGUGAGUGUUGGCGGCGGGGGCCAAAUGCUACUCGAUCAAACUCCAUCGGGUGGCAGCAGCAGCAGUGGAGUUAGCUCAGCGCCCAGUUCAUCAAAGGGUGGACAUCAUUCUCAUACUCAUGCUCAUGGCCAUGCCCACGGUGAGAGUCUAGGCAUGAAUACAGCCAUGGGUAUUGGCCAACAACAACAGCAACAACAGCAGCAGCAGCAGCAACAACAGCAGCAACAUCAGCAGCAGCAAGUGCCACAGGCAGCAAUCGAUGAGAUGCGCGUCUGAUAGGUAUCGGUCUUUGAGUUGGACUUAUAGUCAUCAACGGGCUCCAUAGAAACGCUACGAGCGGAAACGCCCGAUGAGUUCUAUGCGUUAAAAUCUCGCCC